UCUGUUUUUAUAUCCUUAUGAACUCAAUGUCUUACUUCGUCAGAAUCUUUGACCAAUAGUACCGACUUGGUCUCCGACUUGCAUUGCUGGCGAUCUCCGCACUCGCCAUGGCAGAGGCCGCACCGUCCUUACCAAUAGAAGAGCCCAGUGAUCGAAGCAUUCGUCGGAUAGGUAGCUCCGCGUCUCUGUCAAGUAGUCAAAACACUUUCAAUCCAGAUAGACUACUGCCCAAGGACAUACCACAUUUUGUUCAGCAAGCGGCGCAUCAAUCGUUGCAAUCAUCCACCAAUACUGCGUCGCCAAUUCCCUCGACCCACGAGAUCAUAGUCGAACAACUCAAAGAUACGCGGGUCGCCUCAAGCGACGGCGGAAGUCCUCGCGAAGAUGGGCGUAAUUUUGAUUUACAGCCUCCUCGCGUGGUGAACCACAUCGAUGCCGCUGCCAUUAGCAAGAAGCUGUUUUCAGCAGAGCACCUGCAACUCAUACUGCUAGACCGUGCUUUCUAUGCUCGCUUCGCGAGCUUUUUGCAAAAGUACAAGCCAGAAUAUUUCCCCAUUCUUGCUCGUUACCAAGCCACGCAAAAAGCAAAGGCGGCCGUGGACUACGCCAACGCGAUAGCACAAGGCUUACCAUAUCUUAGCCGAGAUUCAGUCGGAGGCAACUUGACGCCAGCAGCCAUGUUCAAUGAGACGUUCCAAUCGCGCUCAUCGAGCGCAGAGAACCUUCUGGUUGAACACGCGUUGCCAGCAUUCAUCACAUACCGUCUGGUAAACAUGGUGACUGAAUGUCUUGUAAAGGAGAUCACCGGCCAGAACAUACCGCUUAUGCAAGACAUGGUGCGGAACAUUGCAGAGGUGUAUUGCCUGACCGAUCCGUCUCAGCCCGACAAUCCGAUCAUCUACGCCUCUGAAGAAUUCUAUCGUACAACACAGUACGGUAUGGAGUACGUCAUUGGACGCAACUGUAGGUUUUUGAACGGUCCGGACACACUAGCCGCGUUUCGAAAGAGGGUUGCCGAUGGCAUCGCCCACGGUAGCGAGCUGUGCGAGAUCAUUUUGAACUACAGAAGAGAUGGAAGCCCAUUCCUCAAUCUCUUGAUGAUUUCGCCAUUGCAUGACAACAAAGGCCGAAUACGGUACUUCAUAGGCUGCCAGAUUGACGUCACGAAUCUGAUCGACGAGGGUCGAGGAAUAGACUCGUUCCAAAGACUGCUUGCUAAAGAGCAUGCUGAGAGAAGAUUUGGAGAUGUUGUCAAGAAGAAGAGCAGCCUUGCGCUUGGUGAACUUGGUCACAUGCUUAACGCUGAAGAAAUUGACUUGCUCAAGUCAAGCAUGGCAGAAAACAGCAGCGAGCCACCGUCGCCAUCCGGACGGGCGAAGCAGGGCGCGGCGAGACGGCACUUUGGCAUGGAGCAUCUGGAAGAGAAGAACCUGUGGCCUUUACGCCAUUUAGGCCCGUCGUUGCCGGGCGUGUAUCAGAACUACUUGCUGGUACGACCUUUUCCUUCAUUACGAAUCACGUUCACUUCACCUUCGCUGCGCAUUCCAGGCCUGGUGCAAUCAAGACUGAUGACGCGAAUUGGUGGCCCGGAACACGUUCGUGAAGGUAUUUUAGAGGCAUUUCAGCAAGGUGUUGGCGUUACUGCCAAAGUUUCGUGGCUACCAAGCCCAUCCACAGAUAAUGUGAACGGGCCACAUGGAAAGCCGCGGUGGAUGCAUUGUACUCCUCUGCUCGGGUCAGAUUGCCGCAUCGGAGUAUGGAUGAUUGUUCUUGUUGAAAAAGAGGAGAUCACAGGAUCGCUGAAUGCCCACCAGCAAGCUCGUCCGCCGCACCAUCCAGUUUCGCGUAAUGGGUCUCAGAAGGCCGAACACGCGACUACACUGAACGAAAGUCAAGCGUCGGCGAAGCUCUACGCCCAGUAUCUGAGAGGCAUGAAGCCAUUGCCGCCAGAUCCUGUGCCCUCAAGGAAGGACUCUGUGCGCACACGCACAACAGUGAACGGACGGAAUCAUGACGAUGAAGUACUGGACUUCGAUGCUCGAUGA